ACAAUGCAAUGUCAUCUAGUCAGAAUCUUUUUACAGGUGGAAAGAUGUUUUGGAAAUAGUGUGUUUUCUAUCCUAGUAGAAAUGCAACAGCAAUGUAUGCGUGUUGUCUACAGUAGGUGACACAGAUACAUAUGAAAAAUCGGUGUAAAUGGAAUUUCAAGAGAUGGACAGUAAUGUUACAGGAUCAUCAGUCGUAUAUUUUUCAAACGAUACUUCUGAACCAAACGAGAGUAGAUCCAGUAACCACGAUGCUAACGCUAACAGUGUAAACAUUGAUCCAAAUGAUGUUUCAAGAUUCACACAACAGCACCUGGGGGAGGGGGUACUCGAAGGUGGCUUUGUGCCAGAUGAAUGUGUGGACAGUAUUGUUUAUGAAGAAUACGAAGUUGGAGACACUGUGGUAUCAUCAACAGAUAAUAAUGAAGCAUUAUAUUCCUUUGAUGCUGAUCAAGACUCAAACAGCAGUUCUAAUGCUGGGAACCAGUCAGCUGAUCAUGAAAACACUGCUGAAACAGAGACAUUGAGUAGUAAGGCUGACCAUGAAGAUGGGAAAUGCAAAGAGAAAUUCAAUGUUGAAUCUCUCAACUAUGAACUACAAGUUGGCUACAGGAUAUUAAGCAAUAUGAUGAGUGCCAGCAACAGAUGUGUUAACAAGCUCUUUCUAUAUCCAGUAGAUGAUAACUAUCCAGAAACAUCAGAUUAUUAUGAAAAAAUUAAAGAGCCUAUGUGGAUGUUUAAAAUGAAAGAAAAAUUUGAAAAUCACCAGUAUAAGAGUUUGACUGAUUUCAUGGCAGACUUUCGUUUGAUGAUAGAAAACUGCUACCGUUUUAAUGGGCCUGAUAACUUUGUAUCAAAAAAGGCUCAAAAGUUGGAGACAAUGAUGAAGCAGAAAAUAGCACUUUUAUCAAGAGAUUUGAGAGAUAAAAUCUAUGAAAAAAGCUGUGAAGAGGAUGUUUUAGCACCAGGAAACAAAAGACGAAUAAAAAAUCCAAAUAUGUUAGAUGAUUCAUCACAACAGCUUCUUUCCCAGCUUAGGAGAGACAGAGAGAUGCAAGAAAAAUCCGAUCGUCGCCAGAAAGUUGAGGACAGAAAAGCCAUGGAACAGGCCAAAAUGCAGGAUUUGCAGGAGUGGGAAGAUAGAAUGUUAGGUCCAGAUGUUAAAGACAAAAUAAGAACUAUGUGGGAACUCCCUCAAAUUGGCCUGUUUGUUUACUUGUGUAUGGAAAGUCUUGGUCUUGAAGAAGAAGUGACUCAGUACCAGUUAGAGAGAGGCUUAGCUUUACCAAGAGAAUGUUCAGAUUUCAGGCGACUGAUGACAUGUUUACUUUCCACUCCACAUCAGAGAAAAAGCCUGAAAAGUUUUAUGCCUUAUCAUGUAUGGAACAAUAAACUGACAGACAAAAUUGACUAUUUUUACAAAGUUCUUGCAGAAAAGAAAGGGAAUUCUAUUCAGGCUUGUUAUAAACUGGGUCUCGAUACAAGGGCUUUCAGAAUGAUGGGUAAAAGUAAUCCUUUGCAGAAGAAAAAAUUCCAUGAAUUGAGUUUUCUGAAAAGAGUUUGGAUUUUAAAGAAUUAUUGUGACUUUUGCAUGGAGACUCAGCAAUACCUUCAGAAAACAAUAGAUGAUGUAGAAGUUGUCAGACCUAAUGAUGUUCGAGAAGUGUUACUUGGGUCUGAUGGAAGGGGAUAUCGAUACAUCAAUUUUCCAAUGUUCACUGGAAAAGAUAUCAGAAUAUUCAAGCAUGCCAAAACACCAGAACCCAGUCUUGAAUCUUUGGAGAUGUUAAAUUGGUCUUUGGAGGAAAAGCCUUCUGCUUCAUCAUCCCGAUGUUCUACGCCAGUUAAUCAAAGAAAUAGCCGUGCGAGUGAAACACCAUCCACUUCUCUUAGGGCUAGAGCUCUGUUGCAAGCGGCCGAGUCUAAAGAAGCAUCACCUUUUCGAGACUCCAACAAAUCCCUUUCUGAUGCUCCAGAUAGUAAAAAUGACUCUUCAUCCUGUGACAUUGCAGAAUCUAAUUCAAUCAAUAGUAAACUAGGCAGCACUAAGAAACGAAAGCGCACUGGUAUAUUUAAUGGUAAGCGAAAGCGUUUCAAAGCUGGCAUCAAGAAGCCCACAGUUCCUGAUAAAACUACAGAGAGUGCUGCUGUCAAUGGAGAGGAUUGUGAAGAUGUAGAUACAAGUGAUAAUCAUAUUGGUGAUAAUAGUUUUGUGGAUAAUUUAAACAAGACUGCUGAAUUAAAUGACAUUCAAAAUCAGAAUGGAAUACUGAGUACACAGGUGUUGCCAUCUUUGAAUUCUGAUGAGAAAAUGUUGACACAAGAAGAGCUGCAUGAAAACAGUAAAUCUCCACAAAGCACUUCUAAUCUGGAUGACACCUCUGACAGUCGAGACAAGAACUCUGUGACUUCUGGUGCCGACAGUGAUGUGUGGAAGGAGAACAAGGAGAAUUCUAAGAAUGAUGAGAACUUAGUCAAUACAAAUGUCGACAAAAAAGUGUCACCCAUUCAGGGCACGGAGAUAAAAUGUGAACUCCCAGAAGAAAGUCUAGAGAAUAAGAUUGUCAACUCUUCUCUUGUAGACACUAACAAGGGUGAUGACAAAACUAAGCUUAAGACAGCAGAAGAGGCUGUUGACAUAAAUGUCAAGGCAGAGGUUAAAGAUGAGCAUGGAAAUGACAGUUUGGACAAAGUCAAAUCAGAGGAUGUUAAGAAAGAGGAAGAAGAUGAUGCUGAGACUGAUGAAGAUGAUCUUCCUGAUGUUGGCUGUAUUGAGCUGGUGGCAGAGAGUAUGGAGGAAAUCAGACAACUUAUGAACAAACUCUCAAACCCUGAACCCGUUAAAAGAGGGAAACGGACAUAUCCUGGGAUGAUGAAACCCUGUGAAGAAGAGCUUUUAGCAAAUGUUACUCGUUUUUAUGACGAACUUUUGAAGUAUGAGAAAAGUCUGAGCAAUGCCAGAGUUAGUAUGCAGUCAAAGCUUCGUAAAGAAGUAGAAAGCUAUGUGGAGGAAACUAAAGGCUGGGAUAGUGACCAUUCACAGAGUAGCCAAGAUUCCAGUGAGGAGGAGGAAGUAAUAUCCAAGCCAGAACCAGAUACAGCAGUCAGGCAGUCUAAAAAACUCAAGCCAAAGCAGCCUUCUACUACUGCCUUGUUAUCAUCAGCUGCUUCCAAGCUGAACUCUAUCACUGGGGAAGGCCAUGAAGACAGCAAUGACAGUUAUGAGCUGGACAUUAGUUCAAGGGGACGCUUGAGAAAGAGACGUGUCAUUCCAAACAAUACUGAAGACACUGGGCUGAAGAAAAGAAAGAACCUUACCAAUCAAGAAAGUAUUUACUCAACACAGGCACCUUCUGUGGCAUCAAGUUUAGCCAUUUUAAGUAAAGCAGAUACUGUCACAGCAGCAACAUCUAUUAGGACCAUCUCAUCAACUCAGCCUAAUUUAUCAUCUAGUAUCAUGUCCAUGCUCAGAUCACCUCAGCCGAACUCUGCUAUUAAAGCCCAGCUGUCCUCUCCAGCUGGCCAGGUCCUGCGUCUAGUCUCCCCUGGUACAGAUGGCAUUAGGACUAUACGUGUUUCUGGCAAGCCCAACAUGAUUAUCUCAUCCCAGAAUUUAUCCAACCUUAGGUUUAUAACCAGCACAGGUGUUGUCAGCUUGCCUAGAAACACUGUUACCACAUCUACCACUCAGGCAUCUCAUCCAGUCAUCCAGCAGCUGUUGCUAAACCAGGCAAAGACAGUGGCACAGACAACAACCAAAACUGUCAACUCUAUCCCAACCAGGCCUCUACCUGCACAAGGUGUUGAGGCUUUAUUUUCUGGCCCUGCUAGGAUGUCCAAUGUGCUUUCUGUCCCAUCCAGGCCUCUACCUGCACAAGGUGUUGAGGCUUUAUUUUCUGGCCCUGCUAGGAUGUCCAAUGUGCUUUCUGUCCCAUCCACUGUGUCUUCCAAAUUAAUAUCACCACAGUCUGGCAGCCACACAGGAAGUAAACAAGUGCUUGAUAUUGGUUUGUCUGUUACCCAGAUUCAACAGCUUAUCAGGAACCAGGCCAUACAAAUUAACACAGGAACUGGUAAUCCAGCAACUCUAGUUCUCAGUGCAGGACUUCAGUCCUUAUCUAGCAAACCUAACCCUGUAUCUGCUGCCACAAUAAACCUUGCUGCUAGUGCACAGCUCAGGAUGCCUUCUAAUGUCACUGCCUCAAGCCAGCCAACUAAGGUUGCUGUUUCUGGAGUUUCAUCUUUGUUGUCAACCAUUAACAAAAGUGCAACACCACAGUCUCAAGUUUGGCUCAGCAAUAAAAGUGUCCCUGGACAAGGCUCACCACAAGUCAUACGUCCUCAGUUUAGUCCAGUGGUGAGGGUGAACAGUUCAUUGAAUACUGAACCUGGCAGCAAUUCUAAAAUAAGCAUGACCUCUGCACUGGCCAUAGUUUCCAGAACCAAUGUCACAGUGAGCUCUGUGGCUGGUAAGGUGGUAGCACCCACCAACCUUCAGAAGGCAGUAGUCAGACAAGGCAGUGUCAGAGCAGUUGUCUCAGUCGCACAAAAACCAAUACCUAAGAUUAUUAGUUCACUGAACCCAAUGACUACAAGGAUGACAUUAGCCUCUAGUGUGAGUGUCACUCAAACUCCCCUGGUUUCUUCCACAUCUCAGGUUAGCACUGGCGUGUCCCUUGAACUAACAAAAGCUAAAGUAAUUAAUGUUCCUCUUCUGAGCACUGCUAAGAAAUAUGCCAGCAAUGUGACAGUGAAGGCUCUUUUGGAGAAUCGAGGUCCAAAGAAGUUAGGUGAGGAAGAUGAAUCUGGCCAGGCUUCAGAUACAUUUGGAGAUUGUACCAAUGACUCAGAAAGCACUUAUGAAGACCAAAAUACUUGCAUUAAUGUAUCCAACAAAAUUGACCCUGUCCUAAAAAAGAACUCAUUCUCUCUUGCCAAUACAACUGCUGUGACCACACUAAUACCCCAUACACAUCCUUUGUCUGUGGAUACAGGGAUCCCCUCUAGAAAUGUAACAUCCUCUGAAGUCAUUGUUCCAACUGUAAAUAUUAAAGUUCCUUCUCCUAACACACUACCCUCUGUACUUCAUAAUAAAAAUGGUACUACCAUUGUUCAGUCUACCAAGGUUCCCAUACCUGUUGUGUCAGAGGCCAAGACUGGUGAUAGUCCAAUCAACCAGCAAAACUCAUCUGUCAAUACUGUCAACCCACUUGCCAAAGUCAACAGUGGCAUGGUCAUCUCUUCUUCAUUGGCUAAUGCGAACAGCAGUGCUAUAAGGAAUGUGGGCUCUGCUCUAGUUAGCCAACCAAUAACUAGUUCUGUGAAUACCAUGAAAAAUGUUAUGUUAAAAGUGACUUCACAGCCAGGUGGGCCUGGCCAGUUUGUUCAGGGCUACAUGACUCCAAGAGGUUUAGUGAUUCCCCAGGCAGCUCUCUUACAGCAGCAGCAAAAUAGUAAUGUUAUUAGUUUGAAUGUCUCACAGCCUGGUGCCAUUACUCAGAUUCAAGCUGGUGGUAUAUCUCAAAUACAAGCUAGUAACAUUACAACUGUGCAGCCUGGCAGUAUCCCCCAAAUCCAGCAAGGUACUCAGCCAACAUUUCCCAUGGCUAAUGUUAACCAGCAAUCUAUAACACACCAACUUCAACAGCCAUCCUCUCAGCAGAUUCUUAUCAACUCACCUCCUUCUUCAACUGGUAUGGUGAAUAACAACACUAACCCCAACCUCAAAGUUAUGUUCUUGAAUUCCACAGUUACCUGCAGCCAGUCUUCCUCCACCACCAACAGUAUUAUGACAUCAGUCCAGCCAAGCAAUACUCCAGCCUCAGAGCUGGUUAAACAGCUGGCUAAUAACUCACACAUCCAAAGCAAUGGGCCACAAUCAGUAGCCAUUAGCCCAGGAGCUAAUCCACAAAACCAACCCCAUAUUCUUAGUAAUAUGAUCCAGGGAACCAGUUUGCAGAUCAGUAACUCAACAAUUUUGCCCACUCAGACAAUUUUGAAUGCAGGUGUUUCACCACAGUUGGCACAGAUCUUCACUUUGCAACAAGGCAGUGCCAUGCACCAACAGCCCAACAUUGUGAUUACAACAACCAAGCCAUCUUCAGUUCAGAGCAAACCAUCAGUUGUGUCCUUACAGCUUCAGCAACUUGGACAGUUUCUGAAUUUGGGCAGUGUUUCCCAAGUUCAGUUGCCACAACAACAGCUGGCUUCCCUCCAGCAACUUGGUAACACCAGUAGAGUUGGGCAACCUAACCAGGUGUUGCAGUUAGCCAUCAAUCCCCAGGUAGGUGGCCAAACCAUAAUGGCGGCUCCACAAGGUCCUCAAAUUGUCAGGGUUGCAACCCAGUUGAGUCCACAAGUCCAAAGCCAAGGGUUACCUCAGAUGCAGCCCCAAAACAAUAUUAUCAUUCAACAACAGCAGGGUCAGAAUAUAGUUGUUCAGCAACAGGGUGUUAUAGGAAAUGCCAGCCAGCAGUUAUCUACCUUACAGCAGGCCUCCAAGGCUUCAACUUUAGCCACAACCAAGAUUACUACUAGUGUUGGUCAGAAUUCAAACAAUCUUGUUAUAUCUCAGCUGCAGUCUUCAGUUUCUACACCCACCCCCAUUAACCAAAUCCAAUAUGUUCUGAAUUCUUCACCAGGGACACAGCCAGGGGUUUCUGCACUCAAUAAGAUAUCUGUUGGGUCCUUAACUGGCACAGUUAACAGAAUCAUAAGAGCAGACUCAGGUACAACAUUACAAGUGCUACCACCACAAGGAACUGUGUUAACCAAUGCAUCCAGGCAAGCUGCAGCACUUACAAACAAAGGAGCUGUGUCCCAAAUGAUCAUCCCAAAUACAGCUCCUGGCCAGUUUCUCAUUUCACCUGUUAAACUAGCCCCACAGAAUCAACAAGCGAAUCUUAUCAGUCCUAUCAAAUAUAUAGGUGCUUUGCAGAGUCCAAGUUCAGUGUCAGGUCAGAGUUCUAACCAGUUUGUUAUCAGUUCAGCAAUGGCUGGUUUACCAGCUCAAGUUUCUGUUAAACCUUCAGUCAUCUAUGCCAGUCAGGCCAAUGGUGAUAAAAAAGAGGGUAAAGUUGCACAGUUACUGCUUGGUCAGCCAUCCAACUCCCAGCAAGCCAGCAGUGCAGUAUCUGUAACAUCUGGACCAAAACUGGCUGGCGGUGAGUCAAAGACAAUUUUAUACAAGAUAGGAGACCAGUACUUCUCUCCUGCCAGCAAUGUGUCUGGUACCAACCUCCCACAGGUGUCCACAAACAUAAUCCCUGCAAUGGUUGCCAAUGCUAAAACAGAUGUCCAAUUAUUGGUUCCCCCUGCUUGUAUUGAGGCAUCAGAUCAGAUUCUCAAGCACACCACUACAGUAACAUCAACCAACAUGGUACCUACAGCUACACCAACAUCAAACCAGAUUCUUGUACAAAAUCGCUCCGUGAGAAACACUGAACAAUCUACUGGCUCAGUAAAUGGAAUUCAUCAGGGCAAUGCUCAGUUUUCAUUCUCUUUAUCUGGUCCAACUACUCUAAGUAACAAGUCAGCUCAUAGAGCUGAUGGACUAGUCUUGGUAAAUGGUCAGGCCUCAGUCAGCAACCAUAAUACAAGUAAAGUUGUCUCUCAAGAUGCAAUGAGUAAGCUUACCUCUUCCAAAGCCCAGUUCCCCUCUGACCAGAUUUCUGGUCCAAUGACUCAAUUAAGACCAAUGUCUAAUGAUGAAUUAACUCUUCAGGAGCAAAAUGAAAAAGAAGCUGCACUCAAUCUGCUGACACUAGCCAACCAGAAUCUUUAACCUUCAAACUAGUAGCUAGUACAUUGCUGUCACUACUUAGUAUAUCCCAUCACUACUUAACACACAUUUCUUCUUGUUACUAAGUUCAUUAUAUUUAAUUGAUUUUGAUGGUUGUUGAACACUUUGUUUAAAAUUUCAUUUGGUGUCAAAACUUUCCACAGCAAACAUUUAGAAGUAGGGCACUUGAAUUUGAUAGUUUGAUUGAAUUCCAUUAAGGGAGGACUUUUUUUUUUCUCUUACAUGUUUGACCUAAACUAUUGAGAUGUAAAGAUGAUAAAUAUGUGCAAUAUUUGAUUUUGUGAUGAAUACUAGUUUUAUAGGAACAGUGAGUCGUAAGGAACAUAUUAUGUAGAUCUAGUUUUAUAAGAGUGAUAAUUUCAGUCAGAGUCUUUAACAUGUAUUUUAGGACCAUGUUAGAAAGUUUUAUGUAGAAAUGAAUCUUUAGUUGUUCAUGCUGUGUUUAGCAAUGUACUGUUUAUACAUGUCUUUGGCUUCCUCAUUGAGUACAUCUCAUCAAGAGGGUAUCCUCACAGCAUGAUUGAUGUCAUUGGUUUAUUUGUACUUUGAGAAUGUUCAACACUAUGUGUUGAUGCCUGGCUGCCUUUCUGUCAAGUCUUUUCAAUGAGCUUUUAUUUGGAUUUGUUUCCAAUUAGAACCUUGAGACUCUAGGAAUACUGAGAGUGUACAGUAUGUAUUGAAGAACUAGACUAUUUAUGUCACACUUUACACACUUGCUGAUUGUAUGUAAGUAAACUUGUCAGUAGGUUUAUUUGAGCCAAACAUUGAUUCAUUUUAAUUUAUUAUACAAUAAUUCUAUUGUACUCUAAAUUCAGUAACAAAACUAAUGUAUUUCUUUGUUUUACUGGCAGCAAACUAGAAGAAACAUUUCUUUUGCAAUGCUGCUACUUUGUGUUUUUUUUCCAUUUUUAAAGAAAAGCAAGUGCAUCUGUUUUUGUGUGUGUUUUAAUUCCAUGUAUUCUUUGGACUUGAUUGUUGUUGGGUUAGCUAGUUUUUUCCAUUACACAUGUUUUGUUCUUUUUACAAAUAGUUUUGUUGUUUUUAAUUGAGUACAAACCAAAAAAUAUCUAAAUCUCUACACUCUAUUUUGGGUGUUUGCAGGCUAUGCUGCUCCUUUGAAGGUGUCUCAUAUUUCAUUGCAAGUGCCUUAGAACAUUUUGAUUGCAAAGAUAUUUUUUUUCAUUACAUGCAGUGAGUACUACAUUUUUUGGGACUAAAUUCAAAGGUAGGGAUGAUUGGUUCCAAAAACAAGAUGGUCUCUCUAUUCAUUUCCUAAUGGACCAUGCUCCAGAAAAUAGAAAACAUGUACAUUGGUUAUAUUUGGCUAUAAACUCACUUAAAUUGUUUAACUGCUUCCACCAACAUGUAACAGUUUGAAUUUACCUACUAGAAACCACAAGAAACUCAAAACAUUCUCCUCAUGGCCUAGCACAUGAGAGGUUAGAAUUGUGUUUGAACCAUCAGUAUCUGAUGUGUGCUAUUUGUUGUCAUGGAGUAGUGUAGUGGACACUACAGUAUAAUUUGUUUCAAAUAUAUUCUAUACAGGCAUAAUGUAUGUGUGUGAUGAAUGUUAGUUUGUUUUAGAGUCUUUCCACUACAAUUGUUAGUGAUAUUUUUUAAAAUCUCAAUACCUAUCCAGCAUGUUUCUAGACUAUUGGCACUUUAUAAAGGGCAAUGGAGAAACCCUAAUUCUUACUAGAAAGAAAAACUGUAAAUAAACUGCAAUAGUCUAAUUGUGUACAUAGUUAGAUGACACUUUCAUGUUUUCUGCUGUUAUGUUGGUUACAUUCCAUUAACACUACUUUGGAGUUCACUGUCUGGCUCAGAUCAACUGCUCUAAAUAGCACAAUAAAAACAAGUAUCAAUUCCA